CAUAUAUCCAUACGUACGUACGUACGUACGUAUGUACGCACGAACGCACGCACGCACGCGCGCGCGGAUUCCAGUGAACGCGGCGGGAGUAGUCGCGCGACUAUGAGUGAAUCGCGCUUGUCUCGGCUAAUUACUCAUCGAUGAUAAUUGAUAACGUGGGCACAAUUAAACGCGACGUGCUCUCGCUCGUACGAUCGAGUGUUCGCGCCAAGUUUGCGCGAGUGUCAGCCGCCAGAACGCUGGCGGCUGCCGAGGGUGAAUAGUGACAUAUUCGAGAGGCGAUUCGACUGAUCGGUCACGGGUCAAGUGUCGCGAGAUAACGACGAGAGAGAGAUAUCGACAAGCGUUUCGAAAUUGUCAGGAAGGAGUACGGACGAUAUAUCAGGAGACAGUAAACAGAAAUAAUUGGAGAUAAUAGUGAGCGCGACAAGUAGUGACGGUUUGUAACGAAGGAGACAGUAGUCGCGCAGCAGAUUCCACCGCCACGGGACUCAGUGAUAGCGGCUCGCGGUGGUCAGACCGGCUGACAGAAGGCUUCGGUGGAUCAGCUGACAGAGCACGAUAUCCGCCACAUCGUGACGCACUAGAUAAAACGGAGAUAUAUAUAUAUAUAUAUGUUACGGCAUAUGUACAUCCGCGAUAACAGCGAACAUGCGAGCACGUUUAAUCGACGCACAUAUGCGUAACCGUCGCGUCUCGCCACCGAGGAUUCAAUUAAGCUUACCGUUCGAGAAAGGUCAAGUAGCUACGCUAUGCGAACGACGGGCUCGUUUCUAACGCACGGAAGGCGCAUAUUAUGUGAGGAGGAAACCGCGACGAGGGAAACGAAGAUGUCCGCCGUCAGCGUCAUCGCAUGGUUGCUUGGCGCCGUCGCUUUAGUUGCGAUUAAUAAUGAAGUACACUGCCACAACAUGCCAUACGGCGGCAGCGGCAAGAACAGUGACACAUACAACCAGAACGCUCUGGAGGAGGCCACACGAUCGGGACCGUAUUUCGACAAAUCAGCCUCAAAGAACGUGACCGCUCUGCUGGGAAAGACUACAUACCUCAACUGCCGUGUCAAAAAUUUGGGGAACAAAACGAUGACGCUACAAGUAUCGUGGGUACGGCACAGAGACGUCCAUUUGCUCACAAUUGGCCGUUAUACGUACACGAACGACCAGCGAUUUCGAGCGAUUCACAACGCUCAUUCAGACGACUGGACACUUCAAAUAAAGUAUCCACAGCAUCGGGACAGCGGUAUUUACGAGUGCCAGGUCUCUACGACGCCCCACAUGAGUCAUCUAGUCCAUUUAAAUGUAAUCGAGCCAAAGACCGAGAUUUUAGGUGCGCCAGAGUUGUUCAUCAAUCGAGGUAGCACCAUCAAUCUCACGUGCGUCGUCUUACAGAGUCCAGAACCACCCGCCUACAUUUUCUGGAAUCACAACGAUGCGAUAAUCAGCUACGACUCGAGCAGAGGCGGCGUCUCCGUGGUUACGGAGAAGGGUGACAGCACGACGAGUUUCCUCUUGGUACAAGAAGCGAAGCCGUCGGACUCGGGACGGUACACAUGUAACCCCAGUAAUGCUCAACCGAAAUCGAUCACUGUACACGUACUCAACGGAGAGUAUCCCGCGGCAAUGCAGCACGGCGGUCAGGCCAAACAACCGAGGCUGUACUCUCUUUUGCUCUGCCUGUGUCUGCUACUUUACUAAUUGCUCCAUUCCAUCGCGCAUUUUCGAAAGGAGAAAUCAGAAUGCAUUUUCCAGAAAGCGAAGAAAAAGAGAGUGAAUGAAAGAACGAGUGAAUGCAUGAAAGAGAAUAAGAGAGAGAGAGAGAGAGAGAGAGAGAGAGAGAGAGAGAGAGAGAGAGAGAGAGAGAGAGAGAGAGAGGUAUUUCCGUCACGAGUUGUGCGAACAUUGCCCAAGUGUCAUGGAAGCCACAGCGAGAUACGUGCGACGAUGUGCAUCCGACGACAGAGACGCUUUUGACUGUGCACCGGAACGAUGAACUCUUUCGCAACGACGCGCCGUUUGUCGAUGCAACCGAGCGACAACGAGAUGACGACGUGUCCGAAAGCGUAACCACUACAGGAUGAUGCUUUUAACAAUGAGAUCGCGCGCGAUUCGGAAUUGCAAAUAUACAAUAAUAUAUGUAAGAGAAAUCAUGAAAUUCCUAUAUGUAAUAACCAUCGAUGAACAAUCGGUUUUAUUAUAACAAUAGGUUGCUUAUUCAUAAAUAAAAUCAUAAAUUCGACCGAAAACAUGGAUAAGUAUCAUUAUUCGUUGACUAAAACAUAAUUCUACAUUCAUGAAUAAAACUGAAUAAAGUGCAAUUGAAAUUAUUA